AUGACGACUAAGAGGUUAUUCUUAUCGAAAAAGGAUGAUUUCGAUACACAAAUAAGUAAAAGUUUGUCAUGGAUUUUACGCCACGGUGCACAUAAAUUACAAUUACCCAUUGAUAGUGAAGGAUUUAUUGACUUAGUUGCUGUAAUUUCAUCAGAGUCUCUUCAAGGUAAAUGUACCCUUGAAGAUAUACAAAGAAUUGUAAAAAAUAAUGAUAAACAACGCUUUACGAUAAGGCGGAAUUGUUUUACAAACAAGUUAGAAAUACGAGCAAAUCAAGGACAUUCUAUUCAGACCGUAACUUCGUUAGAAUUAAUACCGAUUAAACCUGAUUUUAAAUCAGAUAUAAUUCACGGUACAUAUCACAGGUUCUGGCCAAAAAUUAAAGAAAUUGGACUAAGUCGAAUGAAUAGAGUCCAUAUACAUUUUACAACCGCUAUACCAAAAGGCAAAGAACAUGUAAUUAGUGGAAUGCGAAAUAAUUGUGGUAUUUAUAUUUAUAUUGAUUUUCCUAAAGCAUUCGAAAGUGGUCUACAAUUUUUUAUGUCUUCAAAUAAAGUGAUUUUAAGCCCUGGUAAUGAUAAUGGAAUUAUUGAACCAAAAUAUUUUUUAAAAAUUAUUGACGUGAAAACAGCUGCAGCUAUGGCCGUUGUUUAUGACAUAUUUCGCCCCACUCUGAACGAUGAGCAAGUUGAAAAUUCGGAUUCAGCAGGAAAAAAUAUGUCGAAAUAA